UGUUGUCGGGUCGGGAAAGACAAGAAUGACGUUUCGUAAAAUUGCAACAACUGUGAUUUUUAGUGUAGUUUCAUAAAAAUAAAGUGGACAUUUUCUGAAACGUAAAUAAUCGUUGGCUGAUGUCUUUUUAUAAAUAAUGUUAAACAAGGGCUCGCUCAAUUCGUUAACUUUAGCAAUACAUUGUAUGUAUCUUAACCAAUAAGUGAUCAAAAUGGAUGAAAAGCGGGUGGCAGAUUACUUUGUGGUGGCUGGAUUGCCGGAGACACCAGAGCUGCUUGAAGAUUCAGACUCAGGACAUCUGAAAGGUUACAGCACUAAAGCCCCUAUUACAGAUAUAGGCGUGGUGUUCCCAGGGCUAGGGGAGACUAUACCCAGUGGAUACGAGCUGUUAGAAUUGACUCCUACUGGACUGCCCGCGGAUUUGAACCAUGGGUCCAUUCGGUCGCCGGAAUGCUUCCUUUGUAUACGACGGGGGAGGGAUCGCCCGCCACUUGUUGAUAUCGGAGUGAUGUACGAUGGCAAAGAGCGACUAAUGGCUGACGCUGAAAUGGUCCUCAUGUCUGUCGGCGGUCGUCUCGCUAACGUGAACAACUCGACAGCCAAGACCUUCAUCACGUACCGGCGAGCGCAGCCCAGCGCGCCGUGCAACGCGCUGGUGGUGGUCGAUAUAUGUGUCAUAGUCGCCAACAAGGGCGAGUGUCCGCCGCACGCCUUCUGUAUGAUCGCAAAGAAUUUGAAUAAAGGUUUAAUGGGCAGCGAUGUUUUCCUCUGUUAUAAGAAGUCAAUGAACCGUCCACCCCUAAUACCUUACAAGCCAGAAGUACUAUUUAGGUAUCCAACGACAGACCGCCGCAGCCUAGCGUUUCCCACCUCCGUGCCACUCUUCUGCCUACCAAUGGGGGCGACUUUAGAGUUGUGGCCCAACACAGCGACUACACCGAAACCGGUUUUCUCCACCUUUGUUUUGACUGUUGCUGAUGCAACUGAUAAGGUUUACGGUUCCGCGGUUACUUUUUACGAAGACUAUCCCCAUACGGAUUUGUCUGACCUUCAAAUGGAGCAGCUGGGAUGGCGAACGGGCUUGUCACACACGACACACUCGUUGCACGUCAACAAAUGUGUGUGCCUGUUGUCGCGGUGGCCUUUCAGCGACACUUUUGAACGAUGGCUGCUUUAUAUUCUCGAAAUGUCGUGGAGCAAACAACCACUAAACAUACCAAUCGAAAGGUAUAUCGUUCACUUAUUAGAAGAGGUUCCGUUUCCAGAGCCAAGAAUAUUGUUACAAUUAUCGCCGACAAACGCUUCAGACCGCGUGAUAGUGACUCGAAGGGACGACCAGCCGCUAGUCAGGAGCGGGGCGGGAUUUAGACAACUAUUGCUUAACUUGGGACCGGAAAACUGUCUGCUAUUGCUGGCCUUGGCGAUCACUGAACAAAAAAUAUUGAUACACUCGCUCAGGCCAGAUACACUGACAGCUGUUUCGGAGGCGGUAUCAAGUCUACUGUUUCCUUUCAAAUGGCAAUGCCCUUAUAUACCUCUUUGUCCAUUAGGUUUAGCAGAAGUUCUACACGCGCCAUUACCGUAUCUAAUAGGCGUUGAUUCGAGAUUCUUCGAUCUGUUCGAACCCCCACCGGACGUGACGUGUGUUGAUCUGGACACUAAUAACAUCACAAUUUGCGAAUCACAGCGGCACAUAUCAACUAAAUUACUGCCGAAAAGACAAGCCAGAACGCUAAAACAUACGCUGGAAUUAUUAUAUGGAAACAUUCGACCAGCUUCACCUGUACAUCAUUCAAGUGAAAGCAAGUAUAACGGUGAACCCACAACGAGUUUAGAUAGGGAUUUCCAAAGGAGGAAAAAAGAGCACGCGCUAGAACUGAAAAUUCAAGAAGCCUUCCUUCGUUUCAUGGCGGUGACCCUGCAAGGGUACCGCAGCCACCUGAUCCCCAUCACGAAGGCCCCCACGGUGGGCACCACGGACCCUCAAGCGUUGUUCCAGAUGGACGCCUUCCUCAGGUCUAAGGAUAAAACUCAACACCGUUUCUUCGCACUAAUGAUGCGCACGCAAAUGUUCACCCGCUUCAUUGAAGAGCGCUCGUUCGUGUGCGACGACCAAGGGCUGAGUUUCUUUGACGAGUGCAUAGAGAGAGUGGCCGCCGACGACGAGCAGCUGUUAGGAAGUGACGCCGCUAGUUCCUCGGAGAGGACGGUGUUUGUGUUACCACCGGACCCGCCUGAUCCUGAGGAGAUGUAUUCCUACGAGAAGUUCGAAUUGGACGUCGCUCUAGUAGCGAAAUGUCGCAACCGAGCUCGCAGCGGGACUGUACAGGCGUUGCCGGCCGCCACGCUCGCCUCCGCGGAGUCGCUGGCCGACGCCUCGCCCAUGGCGCGCCGCACCAAGCACGAGAUAGCGGCGGCUCAGAGAUUAGCCCGCAAAGCCUGCCUAUCUCCAGAGACAUGGGCCAAGUGUAUACUAGGCGCUUGCUACUCUCUGUACUUCCUAUCUCUACCGUGCCGCCUCACAUUAAGCCGUGGAAAAGAACAUGCGACCUUGAGGUCAGCGUACGAAUUGUUGGAACGAGCCACUAAACUAAGGGUGCCCUGCGACGAGGUGUGCUACCGCGUGAUGAUGCAACUCUGCGGCAUCCAUUCUCUACCGGUGUUGGCUGUACAACUGCUGUUCUUGAUGAAGAGAGCCGGUCUUCAGCCCAAUGCCCUGACAUACGGGUAUUACAACCGAUGUGUGCUCGAAGCCGCCUGGCCACAGGAUAUGCCCAGCGGUUCUCAAUUACUGUGGAACAAACUCCGCAUAGCCGUGAUGGGCGCCGCAUUGUUCCGCAAGGCGGGCGCGCAGAGAGCCGCUAGAGCUGCCGGCGCUUCCUCGACUGGGGGUGGAACCCUUCCCCGGGUUCGUUCGGCGGCGGCGGUCGGCGAAGGCGGUGAAUUGGCCGCGUUGGCCAACAUGGCCAGCGAGCCGGCGCAGUCUCGAACUAGCUUAGACUCAGGUCGUUCCGCGUCGGGUCGUUCCACAGCGUUCGAGGCUCUGUGCCGCCGCGGCAACAUCAUUCGGUCUUCGGCCGCCGCCACGCGACCGCACGCCGCCAGCAUCUCCACCGCGGCAGGCAUUCUCAUCACCGGUCAACCCUCAAAUCCCGAUUUAAGUGAUAAGACAAGGCCACGAAGCAAUUCCUUAGGAAACGAAGAGAGGCCGCCAACUCCGCCUUUGACGAUGACGGAAAAAAUACAGACAAUCCACGCAAGUCCAGAUAGUCCGUCAGAUUUGCGCAUACUAAAACGAUCGGAGAGUUUCGCUGGAGACGCGCAAAUAUUGCAGAAUCUACAGAGGCUAUCGUUUUCAGCUGGAUCAUCUAACCCAAAAUCACGGUGUAGUAGAACGCUCAGUUUUCCCGAAGAGCCAGAUAAAGAAGCUGCUGCGACGGAGUCAUUAGACCCGAUCAGAGGGUCGCCUUUGAAAGUGUCCCCCCGCACGCCGGUGCUGGCGGACGACCCGCUGGGCGCGCUGAGCGCCGCCGCGCCCCCCGCGCCCCGCCCGCCGCCGCCCUCCCCGCCGCCGGCCUCGCCGCCGCCCGCGCCGCGCCACGAGUUCAGCGUCAGCCCGAAGCUGUUCCACAGGCGGGGCUCGUUCCAGGAUGAAGCGCCGGAGACUACAGGGAAACUGCACAGAAGCGAGACGGCCCCCGGAGGAACCGUGUCCUCGAGUCUAGCUAGCCUCGGGAAUACACUCAAGAAUAGCUUCGGACGCUAUUCGCCUGCCCGCCUGUCGUUGCGAAAGGAGAACAUGAAAAUAAGCAAAGCAAUGAUCGAGAGCUACUUCAGUCCCACGAGUAUAGCUGGUAAAAAAUCGAAUGAGCUACUCCAAAGUGGCCUUAGCAGUCUCAAAUCAGCCGCCACCAGUAUGGCGAAGAAGUUCGACGAGAUGAAGGAGGUUAUAUCGGCUAACUCGACGCCUGUCAAAGUGUCCAUAGGGAACGCUACGAGUGCGCUGAGCAGUUUUAUCACGGAGGAAGAUUCUACGGAUGGCUCGUCGGAGAUGAAUCCGGAUGAAUGGGCGACGGGCAACGCGUUCAGACGCGCUUCAAGCGACGCCGACUUGGCGUGCGCCAUGGAGCGCGGGUCGCUCGCUACCCUACUGUCGCAUUUACCGGAUAACCUUUACCCAGCACAAGCUGAGCUCUCAUCGAGCAGUUACAGCGUGCUAGUCCAAAUGUCCUCGUGCUCGCAAUGCCACCAAUGUUUAGCGCUGCUGUACGACGAAGACAUCAUGGCGGGCUGGGCCGCCGACGACUCCAACCUCAACACGCGCUGCACGGCCUGCGGCCGCCACACCGUGCCGCUGCUGUCUGUACAGAUAAUCCGAACCAGUCAGACUCAAGCAGAAAUAUUAAGUGUGCCUUAUUUAAACCCCCUAGUUCUGAGGAAAGAAUUCGAAUCUAUUUUAGGAAGAGAAGGAGACGCGUGUUUAGCCGAGCCGGAGUUCGUAGAGUCUCACCCCAUAGUGUACUGGAACCUCGUUUGGUUCCUGGAGCGCGCCAACAUAGAAAACCAUCUGCCGGAUUUACUAUGUCCCGACUUCCAGGCCAAGUAUCAGAGCACGGACGCAUUGGUGGAUCCUGAUAAACUUGGUGGUUGCAGAGUGAUUUGCAACUGGGACCUGCCUCGCCUGCACGCCGAAGCGGGCACGGCCUUGUACCGAGCGUGGCGCGAGCGGCGAGCGGAGCACAAACGCUCGCGGGCGCUGCAAGCGUUGCUGUUGACCGAACAAGACGCGUCCACUACACAUUCAGUGGUGUUGGCCGUACAAAGCGGUUUACUGAGCAACGAUCUGUCUGACGCGCUUCACAAAUUAGCGUCAUGGCGUGAAGCUAGCUCCGCUACUAAGCGAUAUCACUCUUUUUACAGAGACAUCCUAUUCCUCGCCAUGGCGGCCAUGGGCGAGAACAAUAUUGACAUGGUGGCCUUACAACGAGAAUACACGAGGGCCUUAGAACAACUGGGUCGCGAAGCAAGGCCUCAAGACCUACCGCCUUCGCCCACGGCCGUGUGUUGCCGGCAUUACUUCAAGAGGCUGAAGAUAGCCGCCGAAGAGUGAGAGCGGAGUGAAGUUGACGCGAGUGUUCAGUAUGAGGGUUAGAUCUUGGGCGAAUGUUGAACCGGGAAGUCUUACAUGAGUUAUAAACUUUCUAUAUCACUACUGGAUCUUGUAAAGGAGGAACAAACUGAGAUAAAUGCCAGAAACCUCGAAUUUGCCAAUGGAAAUGUUGCCAACAUUAAAGUGGCUAAACGUAGCAGUUGAAUAAAUAAAUAAAAAACAGUAUAAAAAAUGUUUAUUCUUGAUGAUGUUUUUAAAAGCACAAUCUUUGUUUAAAAAUGCCCAUAACAAUGUCUAUUUGCUAUUUUAAAUGUUCCAAUUUUACAAAUCAUUGAAUAAUAAUAAUGAAUAAUUAGGUUUAAGAUUCAUAUUCAAAUUGUGAUUGUAGUAUUUUUCCUAAUGUGAUGUAUAGCAAAAAAAGUAGUUUGACGGCGUUUGAAACUUAUAAAAAUGUUUAAAGCAUGUUAUAUUACCAUUCUUUACACAAAAAUUAUGAACUCUUGUGUGGAUUUCUAUAUAAUAACAAAAAUAUUUUGAAAAAAAAAGAAAUAUUAUUCCUUCUAAGGCUCUUUCUUUAUGCCGCCGUCCAAAAGAUUUCGGGAAAUAAUGGAUCACCCAAUAAAUUUAGCCCGUCCAUUGAUCGGGAUCAGUGUAAUUUUAAACUAUUUUUACUACAAGUUUUGACAAUAUAACAUCUCUGUUUUUGGUAAUAUCGUUAGUUUUAGUUCACGCAGGUUUUUUUUAAGCUUCUCUGGUUACUUAGGACUUAAGACACCCUAAGAACUUGAAAGUGUAUCUGGCAACUGAAUUACCAUGAUCCGAGUCGGAUUCACCUGAGUUUCCCCUGUAAAAGGGUCACGGUGGCCACACGGGAGAAGCUCCAUGUUAUUAACUGAUUUAUCCAGUCCAGGAAAAAGGCGGAACUCUAACGCCUCUCAGGGGAUGCAACCGCUUAGAAUGCCAGCAGAAAUGAAGAUGACGCCCUAAAGGACUAAGCCCGAAUGUGAUAUUCUAUAACGAAUAACAAUUCUUAAAUGUGUGUAUGUAUUCAUCACUAAUAAUUUUGGCAUAUCCAUUAGUUUAGGGAUGCGGGUGCUAAAGUGUCAUGUAUAGGAAUUUCACGAAACACGAGUGUACAUAUUAUGUUGUAUAGCGUAGGUUAAGCCAGGUUGGCUGUAUGCAAGUAAAUUUGUGUGAAUUACUGAUAAGUGACGCGUUGAAUUCGUAAACGAAUGUUGUGUGCGUUCGCAGUCGCAUCAUCUUCUUUAUUUAUGCGAAACAAAAUUUUAUUGUUCUUACCCAAUAUGUAAGGCAUUUCAAAGAAAAAUAUUUUAUGUUUUAUUUUUGUGAAAUAAAAAUAUAACGGAAUUUUCUGCGGAAGAUAGUGUGACUGCCUAAACCGGACAGUAUUUAAUUAUGUGUCAAUCUUAAUGAAUAUGAUACAAUCAUAUUUUCUAAUUGUUAACGUAAAAUUGCGAUGGUUAAGUAUGUAACGACCACAUUUUGUUUAUGGCAACUUUAAUUAUUUUUAUCGCUUAUAAUUUUUGACAUUAAGUUCUUUUAAAGGGCUAUAAUAGAAUUUCAUAUAGUUGCUUAAAUGAUUUAGGUAAAUAGGCCUAAGACAUUUUCUAUUGUAACAUGUAUUUGUGUUAAUUGUCAACAUAACAUAAUAUGUUGCCACAUGUACGAAGUUUCACAAAAAAAAAUCUUUUAUGAGUAUUUAUCAUGUAUAAACAUAUAAUAGGUAUUUCAACUUGACAAUGAAGAAAUAUGAUACUCAUGAUACUAUUCUAACCAAUAAUCCAUGUAAAUUAGUGUUUUUCGAAAUAUCAAAAGCUUUACAAUUAAGUUUGGUAAUUAUUUAUUGAUUAACAAUAGCGUAUGCGAAUUUUGGAAUUUUAUUGUGUAUUUUAAUUAAUCCUAAUGCAAUGAAUUUUACUAAUUUUCAAAGUAUGUAUGGCACGGCAUGAACGCUAUACAAGCUCACAAAAUUGAUUUUUAUUUCAUGCAUUUGCAAUCCCUAGAAUACGUAGUGCACAUACCUAUAUUUAGAAAAGCCAUCAUAGCUUAUUGCAUCAAGUGAUCAUUUUAAAGCCAUAAUUUUUGUUCCAAAUAAAAUGUACAACGUGAUAGUCAUUCAAAUGUAUUUUUGUAAUGUACAUAAUAUGAUGAUAAUUAAGGUCAAUCUCAUUUUAUUUUCACAAUGUGCAAUUAAUUUACUGUGCAAUUCUCAUCAGAUUGUUUCACAAUAAUCGUAUGAAAGACAGAGGAACCCUAGUUUUGAUUGGAUGAAUUUUGCUUGAAAGUUAAGGUAAUUUUUAAAUGUUUUAUUUUUAUCAUCAAACUAUCAACAACAUUUUUAUGGAGGGUGAAACUGUGUUUAAGUUUUAUAAAAAAUACAUAAGGCUAUAAUA